UCAAAUUUCUACAUCCUUUCCGUGUCAUAUUUGAUUUGGUAUUUGUCGUCGAGAAUCCUCCCGGCUUUCUGGUAUUUUGUCUAAGGAACUGAUCACCGAGCUCUAUUGGCCAGAAGAGCGACGUCAGAGCGAGUUGGACGAGAUGCUCCAGAACGCGUAUAGCAUUGCGAGCGAGGAGUCAACGGUGAAGGGCCACAUCCCGGACAUAGUGUGGUUCCACAAAUUUGACGAGACGUCCACGACAAAAACCACGCGGUCUCUAAGAAUUCAAGACGCUGACACUGAAAGGUGCAGUCGCGUUUUGUAUAUUAUCGUGUUCAGGAAGCUUAUCCCAAUCACGUCGCUGAGCGGAGACGAUUUUCUCAGCGCAUGGUGGCAAGCUGUCCUAUGUCAUUACACACUUUGGAAGCACGAUGUCCAUCACCACGACGUGAAUCCUAACAAUCUCAUGGUCUUCUGGUUGAACGGCCAAUGGAUCGGGGUCCUCAACGAUUACGACCUCUCAUCGAUCAAACACGAUGGGCCCAGCGGGAAGGAGCGGAUAGGAAUAAUUCCAUUCAUGGCACUCGACCUACUAGACGAAGAUGGCCUCGAAGGCAAGGUCACACACUUGUACCGGCACGAUGCUGAAUCGUUAGUGUGGGUCCUCGUCUGGGUCUAUCUUAGGUACCAAGGAGGCAAAUUGUCGAGGAAUGGUAGACUGCUUGAUGAAUGGCUCAAAGUGGGUGCUCUUAGAUGUGGGGAGAAAAAAACAGCCUUCCAGGUGGCGACGGUGAGAAGGUUGUGAGAAGGUGUCUGUGACACACCUUGGUCGGUCUGGAAGCCCACAAUACAACAACGUCAUAACACGGACGUCCAAACUGACGGAAAUGAUAUAUGCCAUAGAUAGUGUUCAAAUAUGCUGCGCUUUCC